GAGAGAGAGAGAGAGAGAGAGAGAGAGAGAGAGAGAGAGAGAGAGAGAGAGAGAGAGAGAGAGAGAUACUGGAUAAAGGCUACGACAAAAAAGCAUGAUGAUAAUGGAGUCGAGGCGGUGGAGGAUGUCGGAUUUACGAGAAAGGACUGUUGAAAUUUGACAGAGGGCUCGUGUAGAAACCUGUUCUCGGUGUUUUUCUUUUCAUUCUGUUUCAUUUCCACAUGCUGCGUGGACAUUGAGGGCGAGCAGAGGAAAGGGGAGCACCCCACGGAUGCCUCGGAAGGUAAAAAAACGGGCUCCACCGCUGGCGCUAUACACAGGCAACGAGGCGCAUCUCAUCUCACAGAUGGUAAUAAUGGACAUCCCGAAGAAAGCUCUGCACUGAUGGAUGAGGAUGAAACACAGAUUUAACCUCCAGCCCCGACCACUGUGAAAGAAAGAAAAUCCUGUUUUGAUGGAUUUUUUUUAAUCAUUCAUGGUGUAGCCCCAAGGAAACGAGCCUUAGACAGCAAUGUUGAAUCACUGGUCUUGGUAAAUUAUUCAUUAGCGGUGUAGGUAGGCUAUGAUUUCCUAUUGCUUCAAUGUAGCAUUUCCCCCUCACUAAUUUUUACAAUGUUAAGUCUUGUGAUAUCACACACAUAUUUGCAGGUUACAUUUUUUUAUCGGGUGGUUAUGUAGGCCCAUUUAAUAGCCUUUAACAGCCACAAGAAAUAGCCAAAGUGGGGUAAUUUAAGCACAAGAAAUAUUUGAUAUAGAGAAGGGAAACAUAUCUGGGUAGUGAGGGAUGUCUGGGCCAUUUCUAAAGGUUUUCUUGUAAGAGUGUACAGAGUAGGAGGAGGACGGGGUGGAAAGAGAGAUAUAAGGAGACAAAAACAAAACACCAAACAUGUUGCCUUCCCAAGAAGCCUCCAAGAUCUACCAUGACAAUUAUAUGCGCAACUCCCGGGCCAUCGGGGUGCUGUGGGCCAUCUUCACCAUCUGCUUUGCCAUCGUGAACGUGGUGGUGUUCAUCCAGCCCUACUGGAUCGGCGACAGUGUCAACACGCCGCAGGCCGGCUACUUCGGCCUCUUCCACUACUGCAUUGGCACGGGUCCGUCGCCCAACCGCGAGUUCACCUGUGUGGGCAGCUUCUCCGACUUCAGCUCCAUCCCGUCCGGAGCGUUCAAGGUGGCCUCGGUGUUCGUGCUGCUGUCCAUGGUGCUGACCCUCAGCUGCAUCGCCUGCAUGACACUCUUCUUCUUCUGCAACACCUGCACCGUUUACAAGACCUGCGCCUGGAUGCAGCUGCUGUGCGGAGUGUGCCUAGUGCUGGGUUGUAUGAUCUUCCCCGACGGAUGGGACGCCGAGGUGAUCCGGGACAUGUGCGGGGAGCAGGCGGGGAAAUACUCUCUGGGAGAUUGCUCUGUACGCUGGGCCUAUAUGCUGGCUAUCAUGGGCAUCCUGGACGCCCUCAUCCUCUCCUUCCUGGCCUUCGUCCUGGGCAACCGGCAGACAGAUUUCUAUCUCGAUGAUUUGCAGACAGACAACAAAGACUUUGCUGUGUCAAGGAUUGAGGUGCGGGACAGAAGAGAACCGAGGUACGGAGUGCAGCGUCUUCACUGAGGGCAACAAUGGCGCUGGACAACUUCUUAUCUCUUCUCCUCUCUUCUCCAUCUGUUUCUUUCCCUCUCCUCUAUUCUCCCCCUUUACUCUCUUCUCUUCUCUCCAAUGAUCAGAAUAUCACCCAAUCUUAAUGCAGACACUAAGUCUACAGGAUUCUGUAACAUAAAAAUAAAUACAACAAACACACUACAUAAACUAUAUUUUUGGAAAAUAAAUGAUACAAGGUUGCACAGUGCAUUUAACUCUCGACUUUCUCAACAAAUAUCUUUAUGAGGAAAAAAAAGAGUUACUGUAUUGAAAAUCUUGAUUUGUGAGAAAAUAUUCAACCCUUAUGAACCAUAUUGUGCAUCUAUGAUUUAACGAUGAUUUAUUUCAAAUCUCGCUAUUUAAAAGCUUUGAGUUAUGUACAUUUAUAGCUCCAGAAAGCAGAUUAUUGAUACUCCUGGUUCAGUGAUAGAGUCAAGACUCGCAAUACAGCAGCAAGUCCAUAAUUAAACAUUCAAAGUACUUCAACACUGACUUGUAUGGCUCUUCAUCUAAGGACUUUCAAAUGUGAGGAAUUUAAAGGAGCACCCCAUUGCAGCUUUACAGAACCUAACAUCUCUGGGAGAUCCUCUACUGUACAUACUUACUUAAUGUAAAUAACAUUACUGCUGACAAAAACAGCCGACAACAAAACCUCAUCUGACUCAAAUUAAGUGGAUUAAAUGGAUUCAAAUUUAGUAUUUCUACCCUUGGUUUUAGUGUUCCUUGUGCCAGAAGAGCAUUGGAGUAAAUCCAUUGUGUUUAUAAGAACUUCUCACUACUGAUUUGGUGGAAUUAGACAGAUGGGAAUACAAUGGAUAUAUUAGCUGGAUAUUCCACAGAAAAGCAGGGGACUGUGAAUCAAAGUAAUUGUGUAUUACAAUUUUUUGACACAUAAUAAAAGACGCUUCCCCUGCAUCAACACAACCUCAAAACAAGCUUCUUAUUAUAGUCUUGCGCCCGACAGUAUAUACUCAAAGGUUUCAUUGCUGAACUGAAUUGCAGCUGUCCAAGUCAGACUUAGAAAUCACAUUGUUGCUUUUUGAUGUCCGAGUUCAUGCCUUUGUAAUACCCUUUCACCAGUGUGCAGUUUACUCCAGUUUAUGGUUCCAGCAUACAGUGAUCAGUUUACUCUACAGAUGUCUUAAGACUGUGUGAAUAUGGCUGUAUGAGUCGGCCUUCUCUCAGAGGGAAGCCCCAUGUGCUGCAUUGUCUUAAGGUGAUGUCACUUAUUUGCCUCUUUGAAUAAGCAACUCUGCUUAUAGUAGUUAUAGGAAUCACAAGUGGAACAAAAUCUCAUCAAAAUAACUCCCAAAAUUAAGUCAAAAGUACUAAAUCCCAUAAAAGUGUUGCCUCUGUAACAUGAGUAUUAGUCUGCAGAAUAUUCUGUGGUGUCCUACCAUUGAAUCCUUGCGACCAUGUUAUAUAUACAUUUUCAUAUCAUUAUUUGCAGGGCCGUAGACAGAAAAUCCUCCCAAGGCGCCGCCUGCACCCCCUGAUAAAGUAGCCUAAAAGUAGCCAAACUGAAAUAUAUUGGGUCUCAUGCAAGAACAUCCUAAAAUAUUACCUUUUUGUGUUUAAGUCUGAUUCAGCAAACUUGUACAGUUCAGCCUGACGAGUGCCACCUGCGUGCUGGUGAGGGACAAAAAUGUUGUGUGCAACAGGUUAUUCCCCUGGAGAGCGACCUGCAUAAAGACCUUAAAACAGAAUAAGCAAGUAUAGAACUGUAGAAGUUCCAAUACAAAAAUAUGUAAAUAAAAUCAUAAAUCCAAAAGACGUUUUCCAUCCUCUCAGCAAAUUGGCAAGCUGAACAGAAUUUUUAUUUUUAUUGAUUUCUGCAACAUAUUUGAACUUCAAAUUCAUUCAAUUGAAGGCAUUAUAAUUCAUAGGGGGAUUUCUUUCUCAGAGAAUGCAGCGUAUCUGUUUUUGACUGCAGAAGAAUAGAAAUCAUGAAUGAAUUUAGAAUUGGUAUCUGUUAAUACUAUAUAAAUGAUUCUUACAUGAGACUCAUUGAGUCUAAUAAUACUAGAAUCAGCCUAUAAAAUAGCCAUGGUAACAUUAUAACCCAAAAUAAUGUCAAAGUAAUAUCGAAAAAAGUAUUAUUUAUGUAGCAUUGUGACAUGCCACCGAUACCACCAACAUUAUUGUUGCUCCAACAACAAUGUACCCUGAUGUAGCACUCAAGACAAAGCCACUGGUGUCAGUGGCCGUGAUCAAAGCACCUUUGAUGCAAAUUAUUUACUGACACAUUUGUCACAGUGGUCACUGCUACACCAGCAACAUAAAGUUGUAAUUUCUACAGGCAACAAGACAACCCUAAGGUGAUUGGCUUGACACACCUAAUAGGACAACUCAUGCGAUAACCAGGGAGAUAUGAUAAUUAUGUUAGUCCUGUUUUUAAUCAUAUGAACAUGUGCUACCCUGAACAACAAAUUGGCACAUGCUCCAUAAAUAUGAAAAUACCUGCAAGGGCAUUCUUUACUUAGCUUGAUGCCGCUGCCAGUAUGAGGUCUGUAACUCACCACUAAGCACAGUUAUGGCCACUAUGGUUAUAGCCACUUGAUGGUCUGCAUCAUUGACACUGAUUGCCAUGAUAUCAGCGACAAGUAUGAGUCUAACAUGUGACAAAAGUGCAAUUGCACAUUACGGUGAAGUAGGCUGCUGUAAUCCAGAGCACCAUGGGGCUCUUAUCCCUGUCAGGGCAGCACUUCAGGCUGACACACUAUAACUGGACCUCUUACAGCACCAAACCUGGCUCGAGUCCUUACAGGAAUGAAAUUACUUGUGUAAUAAAAGCACACAGUUAAUUGUUUCAUAUAAGAAAUGGGCAUGCUUUGUCCAUUUGGCGGGAGACAGGGGACACAUAAUCAUACUAUAAACCCUGAGAGGUAAUUGAAUCAAUUUCAAUGAACAAUUCAACCACAAAAGGUUAUCUGCGUUCUACAGCAGUUUAUCUAAAGGGCAACAUCACAAUGGAAAUACAAUCCAAGAAGGGGAUGUUACUGCAUUAUAUUUAACUGUAAUCCAUGUUACACUUUGUUAGGGAUGCACUAUUAACACAAGUAUUCAUAAAAUAUCAGACGGAACCAUUACUUUUACACUACAAUGUAGCUGUUACAACAUCGGAAGAAUUUUACUUUACAUUAAAUGCCAACUAGUCCUCAUAGUCACCCAUGACCACAAAGAUUGUUUGUUCCUACCCUCUACACAGGAAGCUUUCCUAAUUUAGAACCCCCUACCGGUGGCAGGAGAUCAACACGUCGUAGGAAAAAAUCAUGGUUUGGGUUAGAAUAAAUACGUUUGUUACAGAACUUAAGUUACGUAGCCUACAUAACUUAACUUACAUUACGUAUGUGACGUAAGUACAUUACGUAACUUAACUUCUCCUUGGUAAGACUCCUGUGUUUGACCCAAACAUUCACCCCCACCUCCACCUGACUCCCUCUUUUGCACCUGUCAUAAUUACUACAGCAACUAGAGCCUAUAAAUAAACAUAAAUAAUGGUUAGUAAUAAGCUGCUUCUACAAAAAACCUAUCUUAUUAAUAUAAGACACGUUACCUAAUUUCAGCCAAAUAUUGGCCUAGUCCUGUAUUGGUUAUUAGUGCAUCCCUACAAUAAAUACAUAUAAUGAGCAGAUAGCUAGGUGUGUAGUGUGUGUUUCAGAACGGUAGCUAGCUAACUCUCAGGAAGCUGUGAACACAGUACUGUAUUAAAGGCUCAUUAUGGAAAUGAUCAACAAACACAUACAAGUUGGACAAGAGCAUUUUUGAGUCGAUGCUGUUGUGAUAUGGUCAUCGGCCAAAUGACACAAUACUCCACAGCGUCCCUUGUUACUUAAGUUUGUUACACUUUGGUACAGUAGUACUACUCUGGGUUUCCACGCUGAGCGUUUAAGACAAUAUGAAAACAGCCCUUAUGCUGAAUCUAAUGAUGCUGUCCAUGUAGGCUGCACAGACCUUAGCCGACAUCUAUCAACUAUCUUAGGGUAGGAUUGGUGGGCCCUCAUUCCAUAAAAGUUUAUUUCACUUUAACCUUGAGGUAACCGUGCAAAGAUUAAACAACUAUAGAAACAAUUGAAAUGGUUUCUACAGACCUCAUCCAUUUGGUAUUACAAGAAAUCUGUGCACUUGCUGAGAUAUCAGCAUGGUGAGUUUUUUAUAUCUAAUGGCAUAAAUGGCGGUGAUGUCUGUCAUAUAGUAUAUAUUGUGAUUUAGACAUUUACUAUCAUGUGCAUCUCUCAUUCGGGAAUUCUUUCAUGGGCCCAGGACAUACAGACAGAUCAACGAAAACGGAAAUAACAAAGAAAAAAGCCCUGAGGCCUAAGCAGUCACGUACCUCUCCGGGUACUCUCGAAGACUUGACGAUGAACUGAAAAAUACCUUAAAAAGGAACUGACAAUACCUUAACCCUGAUGAGCACAUAUUUGUACCACUCCAGGUGCCUCUAAGAACUCUUGAUUUAAUUCAGAUGUGGUGCAGAACCACCAAAACAAGUAGUGACACUGUAGUUUUUUCUACUAAGGACUACAUACUCUGACUGAGCUCUGAAGGGAGAUGGGUUUUAUAGCAGAUUUGAAGUCAAUUCAGUUUCAAGUCGAACAAUUUAAACGAAAAUAAGAAUAUUGUUCUUUCCCCAGUUAUUUAACUUGAUUCGGGGAAACACUUUGAUAUGUUAAACAAAAAAAACAGCACUUGGUUUUCCUUUUUUUUUUGGUUUGAUUGGACUCCAAAGCUAAAUUCACCUCAAUCUCAAAUUAAGACAUGAAAAACAAUGAAAAGCUAAUAAAAAGGGACACAUAUUUCCAAUCUAUAGCAGCAAACAAAGUAUUUGUUAACUAUGUAAAUGUCAUUGAUUUGUCAAUGAUUUCAUCAUGGUUUUUAUCAUGCAAUAU